CCUGGUGAAAAGGGUUUGUGGCAGUUUGUUGUCAUCUUUAUCCAGUAGUGAACCGCUACAUUGUGUUGGCAUGUUUUCCUUUAGUCUGAUCCUUUUCUUUAAUUUUGCAAGUGUGAAUUAAUGCCAACAUACUGUAGGCAGCAAACAGUGCGUGUGCAAUAGCUGGAACACUUGGAAGAAACCGCUAAAGAAAUAACUGGGUGCUACGGUUUAAGUUAAGUGGGAAAAUAUAACCAUGGUCGUGAUGGUGGUGACGGCAAGUUGGUGGUGGAUGACAAACAAGACGGGAUAGUUGAAUUCAGUACUUUUGAAAGGAGGAUGGGUGUGUGCGGAAACCGUUGUUAUAAUUCAUCUCCUGGACCAAGCAGCGGACGUACAGCGUCAGGUUAGAUGUAAAGUUGAAAGUCAAGCCGCAGGAGAAAGGGGAGUCUCCGCCCGGAGCAGGGAGAAGAAGAAGGGGAUGAGGAGGCAUCACGUCUCGGUCUUCGCUGGCAUCUGACUAGAAGCGAAGGUACACCUGAGAGCUGAUCGAUUCCUCUUUAGUUGUUGUAGAGAGCCACGAGUUAGACGUGUUCAAAGGCAGGGAGGGGAGCUGGGGCAGUCAGAGUGGGUGGGAACAAUGGGAGUAUUUGCGGAAAGCAUGAAGGCUAUUUUAAUAUAAAGUCCCUGCCAGCGCUGCCGGCUGCUCUCACCAGUCUUCCCAGUCAAGUGAAUUUUCUCCCAGUCUGGAUGACAAGGAUUCUCAGUCUGGUACAGUCGGACCUUUUUUUGUUUGAGGAGACAUGACUUUGCUCCGAUGAUUGACCAGCAUUGAUCCGCAGCUCUUCCUCUCUGAAGUUUAUUGUUGGCCACUGUUCUACUUUGCUGCUGUAAGGUAGAGCAGCCCCGCUCUGCCUGGGAAGCAGUGACAGACGAACGGAUAGACUGCCCUGUGAAGUGUCCUCCUUUUCAUGGAUGCCAGGGUGGCCCUGCUGCACCUAUGGACAGUCCUUGUCCUUCUGAAAGCAGAACUGAAGUGGAUUGAUGCUGCAGAGGUCUACACCAACACUUGGGCGGUCCAGAUCAAUGGGGGGCCAGAGGAGGCUGACCGCAUCGCCAGAGAACAUGGUUUCAUCAAUCUCGGCAAUGUUUUUGGAGAUUAUUAUCACUUCAGGCAUCACGCCGUGGAGAAGAGGGCUUUGUCUGGCCACAGGGGGAUGCACAUCAGACUGCAAAAAGAACCACAGGUCCUGUGGACAGAGCAGCAAGUGGUGAGAAAAAGAACGAAGAGGGACGUGUACGAAGACCCAACAGACCCUGAUUUCCCCAAGCAGUGGUAUCUGUCUUCUCCAACACAUCAAGACCUGAAUACCAAAGUAGCCUGGGCUCAGGGCUACACAGGGAGAGGCGUCGUGGUGACAAUCCUGGACGAUGGCAUUGAGAAAGACCACCCUGAUCUUAUCAGCAAUUAUGACCCUGAAGCCAGCUAUGAUGUUAAUGAUGGAGAUGCUGACCCCCAACCGAGAUACACGCAGCGAAAUGAGAACAGACAUGGAACCCGAUGUGCAGGAGAAGUUGCAGCUGCAGCCAACAACGGUGUGUGUGGUGUCGGCGUGGCCUAUAACUCUAAAAUUGGAGGGGUUCGUAUGUUGGAUGGGGAGGUGACAGACGUGGUCGAGGCCCAUUCCCUCAGCCUCAACCCCCAGCACAUCCACAUUUACAGUGCCAGCUGGGGCCCAGAGGACGACGGCAAAUCGCUGGAUGGCCCUGCCAAGCUGGCUAAGGAGGCAUUCCUCCAGGGAAUCACCAGGGGACGCAACGGACUGGGCUCCAUCUUUGUGUGGGCCUCAGGUAACGGCGGCCGGGAGCAGGACAGCUGUAACUGCGAUGGCUACACCAACAGCAUCUACACCCUGUCCAUCAGCAGCACCACGCAGUCCGGCAACGUGCCGUGGUAUAGCGAGCCCUGCUCCUCCACCCUCGCUUCCACCUUCAGCUCUGGAAACCCGGGGGAGAAGCAGAUAGUGACCACAGACCUGAGGCAAAAAUGCACAGACUCUCACACAGGGACGUCCGCUUCUGCCCCGCUGGCCGCCGGGAUCAUCGCUCUGGCUCUGGAGGCCAACAUGAACCUGACCUGGAGGGACAUGCAGCACCUGGUGGUGAGAACAUCCCAGCCGGGGCACCUCAGCGCAGGAGACUGGAAGACCAAUGGAGUGGGACGCAGAGUGAGUCAUUCGUACGGUUAUGGGCUCUUGGAUGCCGGUGCUAUGGUGGCUUUGGCGCAGAACUGGACAACAGUGGGGCCACAGCAUCAGUGUGUUCACACCAUGCUUGUGGAGCCAAGAGACAUCGGGAACAAGCUGGUGUUCAGCAAGAGCGUGGAUGCCUGCUGGGGGCGACCGGAGCAUGUCAGCUCUGUGGAACACGUUCAGGCUCGCCUCACUCUCUCUCACAACCAGAGAGGAAAAUUGGCCAUUCAUCUCAUCAGCCCACUGGGCACACGUUCCACCCUGCUGUUCCCCAGGCCCAAUGACUUCUCCUCUGAGGGAUUCAAUGACUGGGCCUUUAUGACCACCCACUCGUGGGACGAGGAUCCUCAAGGGGAAUGGACCCUGGAAAUAGAAAACGUGGCAGCUAAUGGACGUGACUAUGGUGUGUUGAGCCAGUUCACCCUCAUCCUGUGGGGCACUGGACCCAGCGCUGUCAACCCCUCAUCAUCUGACUUCCCUCGUCCGUCCAACAACAGCUGCAAGACCUUCGAUGCCCAGCAGAUCUGUAUCGAGUGCAGCCCCGGCUUCUCCCUCUUCCUCCAAGGCUGCGUGAAGUUGUGUCCACCGGGCUUCACCUCGGGUCCGCAGCUCCUCAACCUCUCGCUGGAGAACUGGGUGGACUUGUCCUCCGUCCAAGCCUGCCUGCCCUGCAACCCCGCCUGCCUCACCUGCUCUGGCACCGGACCUACAGACUGCUUGUCCUGCCCGCCUCACAGCCACCUGGUCCUCACCUCCUGUCUGCACCAGAAUCAGGUCCAGCGUAAAUCCCCUCUAGCUGGGGUACCCCAGGGAGCCCAGCCAGACGGGGAGAACCCCGCAGCGGUAGACGACAACAGCGGAGAAGGUGAGGAGCCCCCUGGGCUUAGCGUAGCUCCGUCCACUCAGCUGCCCGCCGCCGUGGCCGUGCUCAGCUGUGCCUUCAUCCUGGCUGCCUUCGUUGGGGUCUUCCUCUUGCUGCAGAUGCGCUCAGGUGGCUCUUCUUUGGGCUGGAGGACCAAACUGCCCUCUGUGUAUUCAGAGACAAGGGGGUUGCGGGUGGGCUUUGGUUUUGGCUUCAGCCGGGGACGGGAAAGGAAGACGCGGAUAUCCUACAAGGGGAUCCCCACUGUGUGGGGGGAUGAGGACAUGAUCGCCUACGAGUCUGAAUCAGACAGCGAGGAAGUGGACGGUCACAGUGAGAGGACAGCUUUUAUCAAGACGCAGAGCUCAAUCUAGCUGAACCUGCAUCUGCUGUUGUGGUGGCUGACGCCACGAUAUCCUGGGUGUCGUCAGCAUUUAGACCUGACUGUAUGGAGCUGAUACAUGAAGGAGAAUCACACAGGCUCAAACAAAAACAAAAUACAGGCCUUACUGUCCCAUCAGCACCCCAUCCAAAUGCAUCAAAGUUUAUCAUGUAUUUAUUUACACUAAUUAAUUUAUUUUAUUUGAUUAAUAUUUUGGUGUCUGACGUUUUUAUCAUACAUUUGACUAUUUGUCAGAAAUUUAAGGUUUUAAUUAUUUCAAUUAAUUUGAAUUUAAUGACCUGCUUAUUAAAGCAAUUAAGUACUGCUGUUCCACUAGAUAAAGCUGGGAGAUUGCAAGAUAGAUAUUAAAAACUAUGGUCAAAAUCAAAACAGCAGGAACCAAGAUAUCCUGAGAUAUCCUAGUCCAAAAUAGAGGUAAAACCCCCCCAAAACACAGAAACCUACAUUUCCCAUAAUGCAGCUCAGUAGCAGCUUUUGUUAGAUACUUAAAUUUCUAUGCCUUUCAAACUGAAAAAAAAGUUAGUUUUAAGCCCAAGCCAAAAUAACCCUGAGGACAUCAUCAGUCAAAUGUUCUGUGCUACAAGUACUCUAAACUUGAAGUAUAAAAUGGGUGGACUGCUCUUUUAAUCCAGUGCCUCCUCAGAUAUGCAUAUGAUCUGUCCUCGACCCAAACACCUGGCCAUCAGCGCAGGCAGACUGCUAAUAAAUUGGCUUUGUUAAAUUUUAUCAGAUUCUUCGCAGAUUGCGGAUCCAGAGGUCAUGAAGUUGACGUGAUGUUCAUUGAUAGUAAGAAAAACUGUAAAUUGAAGAUUUCUGUGGCACACAGGGACAGCAUAAUAAAACAUCCUGAAGGCUGUUUGAUAAGCAGGAAACUGUGGAGUAUACUCUGCUUUCAAUCAAACCACAGUGGGAACUGCCACAGAAGCACAGACAUAUCAGACACAUCAGUCAAAAAAAUCUUAUUGACUUGUAGCAGAGUAACACUGUUUUUUAGUGAAAUAAAAACACACACACACACACACUUUGCCCCAAGCUGCUUGGCUGACCUUUACAACAUUUUUCUACUUGGUUGCUGCUGGUAAGAAAUAAGAUUAUUCUCUCUUCAUUUUCCCCACAGAGCAUAUAUUGAUUUUGUGGCUUCUAUCCCAUAACGUCUUCAUCAGGCUAAAGCCUUUUCCCUUUCUAUUGUGAGCGCCAUACAUUGGAGGACAAAUACAUGCUUUAUUUCUCACCUAUAACAGUGUAGACUUGCCGCUACACAAGCUGAAUCAAAGCCUGUGGCUCUAAAGGCCAGAAUGGUUACAGUGAAAUGAAGAGAUCUUGUAUUGCAUUUUCUAUGUUUGUUUUAUAUCCUUUUUUAUUUAACUGACAAUGGGUGUUAAUAUUGUGGAGAUUUUCAGUUUCAUGCUGGAAUAAAAUGACUUUGGCUGUUG